AAUUGAAGACUAAAGAUGACCGACCUCAGCCAAGUUGCAGUGUACUCUGACUCUUCAGACAUUUAUAAGAAUGUGUUCUGUAACCCCGCCUUUGAGCUGGAGGGGGAGAGAGAGGAGAGGGUGGAGGGAUUCAGGACGACAUCAUCCACCCCUGAACCAAUCAAACCUCCAACAGCAAGUCUUGGCUGGGGUCUGUUUGGUGUGUGUGCGAUACGUCUGCGAGGUCCGGGUUGUGGCUGGGGGGUGGUGAUGAUCUCUGCUGCUGCCCUGCUCCUGGUGACAGCUAUCGGACUGGCACUUGCUCUCAUCCUUACACAGAUAAAAGGCCAGGAAGUAGACAAUCAGUCUUUGUCCACCAGCCCUCCAGACCUGAUGAGUGCAGGAGAUGGAGCGACCCCUUCUUUACCCACAGUCUCUGCCAACAGAAGUCAGCUGGCUAGUACACCUUCACCACAGCCAGCUGGGAUCCCACCAUCAGGCACACGCUGUGGAGGAGUUUUGGUCGAAUCUGAGGGAAGUUUCAAUUCUCCAAACCAUCCUGGUUCCUACCCUCCAAACUUGCUGUGUGUAUGGGUGAUCAGAGUUCCGUCCCCCUCACUGGUCCAGAUCCAUGUUUCCUCUCUAACCAUAGAGGGGCCGUCUCCCUGUCUGUUUGACUGGCUGGAGGUGCGGGAGCAGAAAGAGCAGAGCUCAGUGGUCACUAGGUUCUGUGGUAACGUGGCACCACCAACAGUCAACACUAACAGCAGCACCGUGUGGGUCACCUUCCGCUCUGAUGGCAGCAUCACAGGCAGCGGCUUCACUGCACAGUACAAGGCCAUACUGCCAGGACACAAGAGCUGCUCCAGAGAAGAGUUUAUGUGUGAUGGUGGGCGCUGUCUGCUACCUAUAUCUGUUUGUGACAGUCAUCCAAAUUGCCAAGACCAAAUGGAUGAGGCAAACUGCAGCCAUAAACACAAAGAAUGUGGGGGGCAGAAGACCGGGCCACAAGGCUACCUGUCGAGUCCAAACCACCCCAAGCCUUACCCUCACCAGCAGUUCUGCAUAUGGUACAUAUCUGUUGAGGAGGGCCACGUCAUCACACUGAGCUUCAGGAACUUCAGCCUGGAGACUCAGGAUGUGUGUGAGUUUGAUUAUGUGGAGGUGCACGACAGCGCCGAUCCCGGAGCUGGAAGAGUGCUGGGGAGGUUUUGUGGAACCACCCUCCCUCCGGAUCUGACCUCCUCUGGCCCCCACAUGACGUUGGUGUUUGUGGCUGAUGAGGGAGUAGCUGACAGUGGUUUCAACACAACAUACCAGGCUGUGUCUGUACUGGACAGGACAUGUGGUCCCAGCCAGUUCGCCUGCAGUACAGGAGAGUGUCUUCAGCAGCAGUGGUUAUGUGACGGAUGGAAUGAUUGUCCUGACGGCGCAGAUGAGCAGGGCUGUGGCAACUCCACCUACCCAACCUUCACUUCUUCAUGCGAGUCCAUAGAGGUGGAGAUGUGUCAUGGCCUCAGCUACAACCUUACCUCAUUCCCAAACAUCUGGCUAUCUAUUGCUGAUCAGAGAGAAGCUGCAGCACUCCUACGACCAUACCGGGUGCUGAUGGAGCUGGCGUGCUUUGAGCCCCUGCAGAGGCUAGUGUGUGGGAUGUUUCUCCCCCAGUGCAGCCCUCAGGGUGGCGUCCUGCAGCCGUGCCGCUCAGUCUGCUCCUCCGCUCAGCAGCAAUGCAGCCAUGCACUGGAUCUGUUCUCCUUCAGCUGGCCCUUCAACUGCCACCUCCUGCUCGACUCGCUGGACCCCAUGGAGUGCUCGCUGCCUUGAUGUUUCAAUCUGACAUGAUCAGCCACAUCCUGGUUGACUUUUAAUUCACACCAGAUUUGCAGAACAAGGACCAAAAGGACAGCAUUUUUGCAGAACUGGGACCAGUUGAUCAAAGACAGCAUUCAAGACUUAUUCUGUCGAAAGCAGACCAAUUAUAGCACCUCACACUUUAGGGGGUAUGGUGAACACAUUGUGGAAUUUUGCAAGAGGUCUUCACACUACAUACAUAUAUAAUAAUUUAAUUUUGAUUCAACUACCAGCAUAACACAAUGAGUGUGAAGUUUCCCUCCUCAAUAGAAAUCAAACUGUUGUAAAUUAUAUUUCCACACUAUUUAUUGCUGUGAUUUCAAAUGUGCAAAUACAGAUCUUACUCCCGACAGAAGAAUGAACGAGACUGAGUAAAUUAAAACAAUAUUUAUUGCAUUUUUCAUUAGCAAUGAUGUGCUUCAACUAUCUCUGUGUUUUUCCAGAGAACAGUCCACAUUUGAUCAAAGUGACAGAUGAAAUGGUUGUUGUGAAUCACACUGGAAACCUUGAACUGAUGUAGGUAUGAUAUAAAUUGAGGUAUUUGGUUCAA